GCCUCUAAUGAAACCAUGACCAGGUGGGCUAGAGUUACCACCUCCAAUAGUAAGAGACCCUUGUCUGCAACAUCAUGGGAGGACAUGAGGAAGGGGCCUGCGGAGAGGGCAGGGCAAAACUUUCCAAAGUAUAAACAACGUCAAGUCGGUGGGCUGCCCCUUAAAAAUGACACCCCUCAAGCAAAACACAAAAGGAACAAAAAGAAAAAAGAGUACUUGAAUGAAGAUGUGAACGGAUUCAUGGAAUACCUGAAACAGAACUCAAAAAUGCUUCACAAUGGAGAGCUGAUAGCAACGGACAGCCAGGAAGUGAGGGAAGAAGUCGAAGUGGCCUUAAGGAAAGACAGGCGACGGGAAGGAAGACGGUUAAAGAGGCAAGCGGCAAAGAAGAAUGCAAUGGUAUGUUUCCAUUGCAGACAGCCUGGUCAUGGGGUUGCUGACUGCCCAGCUGUGCUAGAAAGUCAGGACAUGGGCACUGGCAUCUGUUACCGCUGCGGGUCCACAGAGCAUGAGAUCACCAAGUGCAGAGCCAGCGUAGACCCCGCCCUCGGCGAAUUUCCAUUUGCAAAAUGCUUUGUCUGUGGAGAGAUGGGACACCUGUCCAGGUCCUGCCCUGAUAACACCAAAGGCGUCUAUGCUGACGGUGGUGGCUGUAAGCUCUGUGGCUCUGUGGACCAUUUUAAGAAAGAUUGCCCUGAAAAUCAGAAUUCAGAUCGAAUCGUCACAGUUGGUCGCUGGGCAAAGGGAAUGAGUGCAGACUAUGAAGAAGUUCUGGAUGUGCCCAAACCUCAAAAGCCUAAGACAAAAGUGCCCAAAGUUGUUAAUUUUUGAUUAUUGAUAAUUAUCACCUUACUGUGACUUUCCAAAAUAGGUCUUUAGGGGUUAGAGCUGGGCACCUGUCGAGGCAAGCCUAUAUCACAAACUCUGACCUUGGUUGGGCAAGUUGCCUGCAUUCUGUUCAUCAAGGAGUACAGGGUGAUCAGUUGUACUCUCCAGGCUCGUGCGUGUGUGUGUGUGUGUGUGUGUGUGUGUGUGUGUGUGUGUGUGUGUGUGUGUCUGUCUGUCUGUCUGUCUGUCUGUGUCUGUCUGUCUGUCUGUCUGUUCAUAUUCAAGACAGAUUCUAUGUAGCCCAGGUUGGCUUCACA